AUGUUCAUACAAGGCCUCCCCGAAGAGAAAGGAACCGCUUUUUCCACUUACCAGAUGAUUGAAGAACAACGGGAGAGAAUUGAGAGAUCGAGGCCACUGGUGAUUGAGCAAAUUGAAGUCACUGAACAGAGAAGAAGAGGAAAGAUUCCGCUCGCAAUUCGGUCACUGAGUUCGAAGAUGAAGAGGAAUCCGAUGAAGAGGAGCUCGAAGAUGAAGAUUGACAACAAUCACAAGCUGCUCUGGAACCUGGAACGAACUGGAAGACGAAGGAGAAAGAAUCCGUUGAGGCCAUACUUUCAGGAAGGCCAACUUGCCAAUUCAGUGGACAUCCUCAACAAGAACUCUGCAGAAUAUCAUCUUAACCAACCCCAACAGAGACCCAGACUUUACCUCCGGAGCAGCAGAACUUACUUGGUUAAUGCGUAUUUGCAGCCACCAUUGGAAUCUCAGCCUGGGGCUAAAUACAAAACUAAUAACCCAUGGAAUUCCAUUAAAAAUGCUGCCGAUACCUUUUACCAGUUUUCUCGGCCUCACACUGUCAAAGGCACAGUUUUCAGCAUCAUCUCUGUUUCUCUUCUUGCGGUAGAGAAGAUGUCCGAUUUAAACCCCUUGUUCUUCACUAAAUUAUUGCAGGCGGUUAUUGCUGCCCUCCUGAUGAAUACAUAUGUCGUUGGUUUGAAUCAAUUGACCGACAUUGACAUAGACAAGGUCAAUAAGCCCUAUCUUCCAUUGGCAUCGGGAGAAUACUCUGUUGGAACUGGUGUCAUGAUCGUUACAUCUUCUUUGACUAUGAGCUUUUGGCUUGGAUGGGUUGUUGGUUCAUGGCCCUUGUUCGUGGCCCUUUUCGUUCAUUUUGUGCUCGGCACAGCUUAUUCAAUCAAUUUGCCACUACUGAGAUGGAAAAGAUCUCCAGUUGCUGCUGCAAUGUGCAUUCUAAUUGUUCGGGCCCUGAGCAACCCAACAACAUAUUUCCUGAACAUGCAGAUUCAAGUGUAUGAGAGACCAGUUGUCUUUCCGCGCUCGUUGAUAUUGGCCACUGCAGUCAUGACCUUCUUCUCUAUUGUUAUCGCAUUAUUUAAGGAUAUCCCCGACAUUGAUGGAGAUAAAAUAUUCGGGAUCCAGUCUUUCACUGUACGUAUGGGGCAAAAGUGGGUGUUUUGGAUAUGUAUAUCACUCCUCGAAAUGGCUUAUGUUGUUGCCAUUCUUGUAGGGUCGAUAUCUCCCUGUCUUUGGAACAAAGUCAUCACGGUUUUGGGUCAUUCUGUAUUGGCCACCACACUGUGGGCACGGGCAAAGUCUCUUGAUCUCAAGAGCAAGGCCGCAAUAACUUACCGAACUUGACCAACUGAACUGCGCACUAAUUUUGCCUAUGACUAGAAGCAGUGCGAGCAAUUUCUGGCCGAUUACCCAGUUUUGAAUACUCUGUCGUGCUCUUGAUAGUAAAACAACAAUAAUUUUUUCUAUUGAAUUUACCAAUUAUGCCUUCUCAUACUUGUUAAACUGAGAUAAACAAGAUCUACCAGUUAUAGCAAGAGAUGACACAGAUUGUGUGAGACCCGGCAUUUGCGCACACACACACAUAUAUAUACACAUAUGCUUAUGUGUAUAUAUAUAUUAUGUAGAAGUUGCUGGAUAGAAAAAAAAAAAAAAACGAAUGGAGCCAUGGGCUCCACGUGGCCCAAGCUAUUCCC